AUGCCUCCUAAUUUGAAAAUAUGUCCUUACGCUGAAAAAUGCUACCGAAGAAAUCCCAUUCACUUCAACGAAUAUUCGCAUCCACAUCUGGAUAAGAUAUACAACAGGGGUUUGGACUCACAGACUCGUGAGUAUGUUAUACCAGCUGAAUUAUCCCAAAAUGCGGAUGUGAUUUUGCAACAACUAAAGCUGCUGGAGAAAUUGUUUCCAAAAGAUACCAUGUCGCUUCAAGCCGAAAAUGUGCAGUCUAUACGUGAAACUUCAACUGCGAAGGCAGAAAAGCGGGAAUAUUCUCCUAAGCCAUCAACCUCAAGAGGUGCGAGCAGUGGUGAUAGCAGUUCAAACUUGUCUAAAAAACCGAAAGUUACCAGGAAUAUAAGAGAUUACGUACCCGUUGUUGUUGAAAAGGGUAGAAUGUUGAAGAAGUUAGAAGCGGCUGCGCCGUAUAAUUUUUUCCUAACUGCUAUUACAGACUCCAAACCAACUCAUAAUGAACCUUUGACUAUUACAAUGCAAGAGAUCCUCGACGAAAGUUUGGGGGUUAUUGAAGAGUCUGUUCAGAUAAACUUUAUGGUGGACAUUGGCUGGUUAUUGGGGCACUAUUACUUUGCAGGCAUACUGGAUACGCCUUUACUUGUGUUGUACGGAGAUGAAACGCCAGAACUGCAAACUAUUUCUAAACAUAAACCAAAGGUUAAAGCUAUUAAGGUAAAAAUGCCAACACCGUUCUCAACUUCACAUACAAAGAUGAUGUUGUUGGCGUACAAAGAUAACUCGAUGCGUAUCAUUGUGUCAACGGCAAAUCUUUAUGAAGAUGAUUGGCAUAAUCGCACUCAAGGUGUCUGGAUAAGUCCCACCUUGACGCCACUGGAACCAGAUGCGGAUACUGCUGCAGGUGAAAGUCCUACAAAUUUCCGACAGGAUUUAAUGUUGUAUUUGGUGGAAUAUAAAUGUGCGGAACUACAAACGUGGAUUGCAAGAAUACGAAGGACCGAUUUCAGUGCUAUAAAUGUAUUUUUCAUUGGAUCUGUACCCGGAGGCCAUAGAGAAGGUCCUCGUGGUCAUCCAUGGGGUCACGCUCGUGUUAGUACCAUACUUCAAAAACAUUGUACACCAAUAGAUGAGUCGGUCCCUGUCGUCUGCCAAAGCUCAAGCAUUGGAAGUUUGGGUGGCAAUAUACAAGCCUGGAUACAAAACGACUUACUUAAUAGUUUUCGACGUGAUAAUAAACCCCUCGGAAUCCGCAAAUUUCCUCAAUUUAAAAUGAUAUAUCCGAGUUUUUCAAACGUGAGUGGAAGUCACGAUGGUAUGUUAGGUGGUGGAUGUUUACCUUACAGCAGAAGUACAAACGAUAAACAACCAUGGUUAAAGACCUACCUGUAUCAAUGGACAUCCAAGCUUCGUCAUCGUUCACGUGCAAUGCCACAUAUUAAAUCAUAUAGUCGAUUCAAUGUUGAGGAUAAGUCUAUAUAUUGGUUUAUAUUAACGUCAGCGAACUUAUCAAAGGCAGCAUGGGGUUCCUUUAAUAAAAAUGCAAACAUCCAGGCCUGCUUGCGCAUUGCUAACUUUGAGGCAGGGCUGUUAUUUUUACCUAGGUUUGUGAUUGGUGAGGAUACUUUUCCCCUUGGAACUGCAAGAGAUGGAAUACCACCAUUUCCACUUCCGUAUGAUGUUCCAUUGACCCCAUAUAAUCCAGAUGAUAAACCUUUUUUGAUGGAUUACUUACACGAACUAUGA